CUGGGUGGUAUCUGCAGUGCCAAAAGGAAGUGCGUGUUAGCAGAGGACAAUGGCCUCAAUCUGGCCUUCACCAUUGCUCAUGAGCUGGGACACAACAUGGGAAUGAGCCACGAUGAGGACCACGCCAACUGUUCCAGCCACUCCCACAUCAUGUCGGGCGAAUGGGUGAAAGGAAGAAACCCCAGUGAUCUGUUCUGGUCAUCCUGCAGCCAGAAUGACCUGGAGCAAUUCCUCAGAUCCAGAGCCAGCAUGUGCCUAAUGCACACUGACCCCAGGAGACGGUAUCAGGCCCAUUUUUCGUCCAAGCUACCCGGAAUGCACUACAGCGUGAACGAACAGUGCCAAAUUCUGUUUGGAGUCAACGCUACUUUCUGCAGUCACAUGGAGCACCUUAUGUGUGCCGGCCUUUGGUGUUUAGUGGAUGGACAAGCACCAUGUAAGACAAAGCUAGAUCCUCCUCUGGAAGGAACCGAGUGCGGAACAGACAAGUGGUGCAGAGCGGGAGAAUGUGUCAGCAAGACCCCCAUCCCGCAGCAUGUGGACGGCGACUGGAGUCCCUGGAGCCAGUGGAGCUUGUGCAGUAGGACCUGUGGCACGGGAGUCCGGUUCCGACAGAGGAAAUGCGACAACCCCCCGCCUGGUCCAGACGGCAGACACUGUCCAAAGGCCAGCGUGGAGCACAAGGCGUGUGAAGGCCCACCGUGUCCCAAGGGGGAGCCCAGCUUCAGGGACCUGCAAUGUAUGUCCUAUGAUCAACAGUUCAGCAAAAUAAAGAAAAGCCUGCUGACUGCUGUCAUUAAUGAUGACAAGCCGUGCGCAUUGUUCUGCAGUCCGAUUGGCCGAGAAGCCCCAGUCCUGGUGGCUGAUAGAGUGAUAGAUGGGACUCCCUGUGGCCCAUACGAGUCUGACCUUUGUGUUAAUGGGAAAUGCAUGACGAUUGGAUGCGACGGCAUCAUUGGCUCCUCGGCCAAGGAAGAUGCGUGUGGAGUUUGCAAUGGACAUGGACGCGCUUGUAAAAUAGUGAAAGGAGACUUCAACCACACUAAGGGAAUGGGCUACGUGGAGGCUGUGGUUAUCCCUGCAGGUGCGUGGAGGAUCAAAGUUAUGGAGGACAAACCUUCACAGAACUUUCUAGCUUUAAAGGACUCCAGCAAGAGAUCCAUCAACAGUGACUGGAAGAUUGAACUCCCAGGAGAGUUUGAGCUGGCUGGAACCACUGUGCGCUAUGUUAGAAGAGGGCUGUGGGAGAAGAUGUCCGCCAAGGGGCCCACUACCACUCCUUUACACCUAAUGGUGCUACUGUUUCAUGACCAGAGUUAUGGCCUCCAUUAUGAGUACACCGUGUCUCUAAACACAACUGAGGACGGGAGCCACGAGGAACAGCUGGAACCAGCGUACCUCUUUAUCUGGACACACAGCAGCUGGCAAAACUGUUCUGUCAGGUGUGGAGGAGGGGAAAGGAGGACAACGGUUUCUUGUAUAAGGAUUAUCAAUAAAACCAUGGAGGUGGUCGGUGAUGGCAACUGUCAGCCUGAGAACCGGCCACAUCCCUACGUACAAGUCUGCAAUACUCACCCCUGCCAAGCACCCACAAAGAUACAAAGCAGAAGAUAUUGGUGGAUGAGCGGGGAGUGGGGGCCAUGCUCUGUCACGUGUGGCGAGGGGGUUCAGCACAGAGAGGUAUCUUGUGUUUACCACUUACAGAACAGCUCGGUCUUCCACAGCCAGGACCAGUACUGUCCAGGGGGGAAACCCCCUGCCAUGCAGACCUGCGAGGGCCCUUCUUGCUCCACGGUGUGGCAGACUUCAGAAUGGUCAAAGUGUUCAUCAACCUGUGGUCAAGGUGUUCACAAAAGGACGGUGGUGUGCACAAACCCAGAAGGAGCAUGUGAUCCUUUGUCAAAGCCAACCCAGGAGGAACCUUGUGAGGACAACUCUGAAUGUUAUGAAUGGAGAUUUGGAGGCUGGUCCAAGUGCUCCUCCUCCUGUGGGAAAGGACUGCAGUCACGAGUGGUCCACUGCAUGCACAAAGUGACCGGACGUCAUGGCGACGACUGCCCAGUGACGCUGAGGCCGCCCAUCUACCAAACCUGUCACCGUGGGAUCUGCACUGACAAGGUGGCGGGGGACAGCACAAGCCCCCGCAGGCCCGAUGUUUACUAA